GAAAACACAUCAUGAGGCUUGUCAUCUUGGAAACAUAUGAGCAGGUGUCAGAGUGGGCAGCAAAAUAUGUGAGAAACAAAAUACUGAAGUACAAUCCAGGACCUGGCAAGUGUUUUGUACUUGGUCUACCAACAGGUACUGAAAUGAAAACUUGCCAUUACAUUUCCUAUUUACUGCUGAGUUGCUGGUUCACAUAAAAGUUGACCAGCUUUCAAUAGUAAGAAUUUUGUUGGCUUUAAAAGUUUAAAAACAUUUCAAAUAGCAGGGCAAGAAACCUGAUACCAACAGUGCUUACUGCUGAAAAAGGGAAUUUUACAUCUAUUCUCAGGUGGCACUCCUAAGGGCAUGUAUAAGAAGCUGGUAGAAUUCUACAAGAAAGGGGAGCUUUCUUUUAAAUAUGUUAAAACCUUUAACAUGGAUGAAUAUGUUGGACUUCCUCGUGAUCAUCCAGAAAGCUAUCACUCUUUCAUGUGGGAGAAUUUUUUCAAGCAUAUAGACAUCGACCCAAGUAAUGCCCAUGUGUUAGAUGGCAAUGCUUCAGAUCUUGUCAAAGAAUGCGAAGAUUUUGAGGCCAAGAUCAAAGAUGCUGGUGGAGUUCAUCUGUUCAUUGGAGGUAUGUACAUAUUCUGUAAUGGUCUUGAUCAUGAGAGGCAUAGUGUAGCAUGCCUUAAAUGUCCUUUUUAACUUCAUUGUAUCACCAUGAUAAUGAUAAGAAUCUCAGUCUUAAUAUUAUAAUGACUGUCUUAAUGUGAACUCAUCUCUGUAUCACCAUUAUCAGCAUCAUUAUCAUCAUCAUUAUCAUCAAGCUCAUUCCUUUAUGUCUGUCAUCUCCAUCCUCAGCCAAGUAAUUAGCUACAGAUGCAAAUAGUAUUUCCUGAUGCUUACUAGUGUUCUAGUGAUUUGGCAAGAGAAGGGAAAAAAAUAAAUAACUGAGAAUUUAUGGAAAGAUUUUACCAUUUAUGACUCAAAUUGAGGAUCCUUGAAACUCCCAGUUUACCCAUUUUUGGAAAGUACUACUCUUCAAGUUUUUUAUUACCCCAGGCACCAACACUCCCUAGGUAGAUUGAGCAUAACAUAAAGCUCUGUUUUAUUAUUCUCUGACCAUGCUUAACUAACCCAUGCCUUGCUUUGACAACCUUUACAGGAAUAGGAAGUGAUGGUCAUAUUGCAUUUAAUGAGCCUGGCUCAUCAUUAGUUUCAAGAACACGAGUCAAAUCCUUGGCAAAAGAAACCAUUGUAGCCAAUGCACGGUUCUUUGAUAAUGACAUGACCAAAGUACCAACGAUGGCUCUUACUGUGGGUGUGGGCACUGUGAUGGAUGCGAGUGAGGUACAGUCAACAACACAACUUUAAUAAUUAUUCUUUUGUGCCUGUCUGCUCAGGAUUACAAACAGCCCAAGUAUUGUUCAACAUUUAAAGGUGUCCACACAGAAUUCAGGAUACAAUGUAGAAUUAUAAGUGUCAUAUCCAUCUUUCUUGGGUGUGUAAUCUAACCAUAUUAGGUUGAGGUAUGAUGAGUUAAGCUGAGACUUUUUCACUAUGUAUCGCACGUUAGUUGUUUCUUUUCACAUUUGCCAUUUCUUUUUCUUGUCAAGAUUUUAGCGUGGAAUACAUCCUGGGCAGGUUUUGAAAUUUGACCAAUUAACAAUCAUUUUUAUAUCCAUCAGGUUCUUAUUUUGAUUACUGGUGUACACAAAGCAUAUGCCCUGCGAUGUGCAACAGAGGAAGGAGUCAAUCACAUGUGCACUGUGUCUGCCUUCCAGCAACACCCAAGGACCAUUUUUGUAGUUGAUGAUGAUGCCACCUUGGAGCUGAAAGUCAGAACUGUGAAGUAUUUUAAAGGCCUAAUGGAUGUUCACAAUAAGCUGGUAGAAGAUCCUCAAGAUCCCACAGAUGCACCACCUAGUGCCAAGAGGUUGAAAUCAGUUUCAGAUGAUGAUGGAAGAAAUUAAUGGCUUUUCAUACCUUAUCUGCGUCAGGUUAUUUUCUACUAGCCUCACUUUACUAAAUAUUUCCUCUUUGAGGUGAGGCUUAACUCAGAUCAAAGUUAUGUUGACUAAAAAAUAGUUCUGAUUCAAGUUGCAUGGACAAUUGUUCAGAUUUAUUUUUUGAUAGAAAUGGAGAAGACUUAGUGUCCAUGGUAUUGAAAUACAAAUAGUAUUAAACAUAGUAGUUACAGUAAAAGUUAGAAACCUGAAAAACUUUUAGUAACAAUUCAAAUUUGUUCUCAAAGAACCAAGAAUGGUGAUUACUGACUUAAUUAUAAAAAUUACAAUUUUCUUGAUUGUGAUUGGUUUAAAAAAAUCCUAUUUUCCACUAAUUCACGUGCCAAGUUGUAAUUGGACAUUUUAAUAAGCCAAUCACAUUCGAAGUUGUAGUUAAAAUCAACCAUCACAUUCAAAGUUGUAGUUUAAAUUAGCCAAUUACAACCUUGGUUUCAAUCACCACAGAAACAGUGCACAGACUGCUAAAUUGUGGCUUUCUCUUGAUGCAGAUUUUCCCUUUCUUUCAUAACUUUUUUUUCUUUUCUUGGGAGUUGUAAUUUUUAUGAUUAAUUGUAAAUAUGACUUCAUGUCGUCCGAUUCAGUCUGUAAUCAUACGAGUUAUAACAAAAUUGUUGCUCGGAAGAUUGGGCGACCACUUCUCACCUUAUUGACAAUAAAUAAAUUAUUACUAUUACCAUUACUAAAAUCGGACUAGCGCGCAGAGGGAGUCAGAUUUGUUUAUCACCAUUACUCAUAAGACCAGUUGAUAUUGAUAAGAGAGCCUUAUUGCAUAAUAUUUUCUUUUAAAGAGCAAAGUCAGAGAGAAGCUUAAGCAGGGCAAAGAAGUUUAAUUUAUUUUCCCCAAAUCAGAGCUUAAUCACCUCAUUACAUUACUGAAAAUGUCUCAACUGAUCACAGCUAAAAAUAGAUAUGUGAAUAGUGGUUUACACUGUAAUCAGUCAAGGGACAUUUGUUCAAUAAUGAGAAACGUGGAACUUGGAAAUGUUUCUUAGUGCAAACGAAAUUUGACUGUCGGUAAAUUGGAUUUAACUUGACAGAACUUUUUAUGAUAAUUUCUUUAUUUUCUUGAUGGGCAGUUGUUAAAAAAACGAGUGAUUUCCCAGAAUAAAGAUUGAGAAUGUUUC